AUGUUAAGCAACAUGUCUAUCACUGCACAACUGAAUAAUAACUUGCUCGUUUGUACAGACGGUAGUGUGGGCCAUAAUUUGUUUUUGGUGCGGAACAUUUUUAGAAAGUGCUCAUUAUGCGGAACUCGAAAUUUACGUCUAUGGACAUCGAUGUUCAAGUGCAGAGAAUGUAACUUAUUAUAUCACAAACAAUGUUUUUCUAAACUGGUCGGCCAGGAAAUGGUUGCAACGGGGGCACUGGAGGAUGUAACGGAUGUAAUACCUGCAACGGAGGUGACGAAUGUAAUAUCUGCAACAGCAGAUCACCAACAGCUGACCGAACCAAUUCAGCGAGUACGACGCAUUAGGAUAUAUUAUGAAAGUGAAUUACCAGCUAUUGAAGAACCAAUCUUCGGGAAUGCAAAUAUGGUAUUUAUACAGCAAUCGAUAUUUAUUCACAUCAAUUAUUCGGAUAUGGUGGCUAGAGUCCGGGCUGCGAAAUAUGCAGAGCGGCCACAUCCUAUGGUGAAUCGUAUUGAACGGAGUUAUAUGUUAUGGAGCAAAGAAACUCACUUGAUCACCAAGUUUGAAAUGGACGACGGUGACAGCUACUACAUAAUAACAAUAUGUUACGACAGUUUUUUCAACAGAAAUCAGUACAACGGAAAAACCAUAUUUGUUUACAGUCCGUCGUCUUUGCAUAAAGUGAUGAYGAGUCUUAAAAAGGCUGUGGAAUAG